AAAGAUGCAGCAACUUCUUUUUUUUUUGUGAAUGAAAGGAGAGAAGCGGGUCGGUUCUGUCCAAGACAGGCGCUAAUCUCGCCUGUUCGGGCCGCCGUGCCACCGGACACUCUGCUGGACCAUGACCUUGGACAGCAAACCCAUGGACGAGACGGAUGUUGACGUGGAGGGACAGACUGAUUGUGUUGAGGACAGGAAGGACCCAGAUCUGAAGAGUAAUGCGGACGCGUCAUCCCGGGAGGAGGGAGACCUUGCAGCCCGGUUACAGGACGGUCCGGCCGGCAGAGGCGCCUCGGUGAAGCCUCCGUACUCUUACAUCGCUCUCAUCACCAUGGCCAUCCUCCAGAGCCCGAAAAAGAGACUCACCCUCAGUGAGAUCUGUGAUUUUAUCAGCCAGCGCUUCGCGUAUUAUCGGGAGAAGUUCCCGGCGUGGCAAAACUCGAUCCGCCACAACUUGUCUUUAAAUGACUGCUUUGUUAAAAUGCCCCGGGAGCCCGGGAAUCCCGGGAAGGGCAACUAUUGGACUUUGGAUCCCAUGUCGGCAGAUAUGUUUGAAAACGGGAGUUUUCUCCGGCGGAGGAAACGUUUCAAGAGGCAGCAUUUCUACAUGGGCGCGCUGAAGGACUCCAGGGCGCAGGAGCGCAGCCUCGUACCCGUGUUUCCCCUGCUCGGAGCGCACAGGAUGGGUUCCUGCCUCCGGGGUCCUGAUUUGUACCACGACCUGGGCAUCAGAAGCCGUUUAAACUCCCACAGUAGUCCGAGCAUCCCACCUGUGAGCAGCAUAAUCCCCGCGCUCUCCUCGCUCCUCUCCAAGAGUUUCCCUUCGUGUCUAAACUUUGAACAUUUCGACCCGGGACGCUGCGCCGCCGUGCCGGCUUUGGCCCCAAACUCCUCGCUCCUGCCUCGAGUCUCGAUGCACGGGAUAAUGACCAACUACCCGGUUUCUCACUUCCCCACUGGGGUCAUAAAAGUUUCCUCUAAUCCGGUUUAAUGUGUCGAUCCCCGCCUGGAGAUCUUCUUCCUCUCAGCCUGAGAAUAAACUCACAGCGCAUUAUGUAAAAAUACAUUUAUUUCAAAAAACAUGAUGGCCAAACAGGCCACCGUAUUUAGCAGUUUGUUUUCUUGAAGCAAAUGUUUUUGAUAUUUUACAGUUCAUAAUAAAACGUGAU